AUGGAGAUAGAAAAAAAGCCGAAAAAACAUAAAACCAAUCUUUUUCUAUCCUCCAUUUUGUCAUCACCAUCAUCAUCAUCCGUAUCGAUGGCGAUCCUCCUGGUGUUGUUUUAUAUCUUUGUUUGUUGCCCUGUAGUUAUUAUUGCUUCCAGCACUCCUACUGGUACGUUCAGUCCCGAAGACAACUUCCUUAUCAAUUGCGGUCCUGACUCGAAGCCUGAACUUAUCGAGGGACGAACUUUUCAAACCGGUUCCGAGUACUUAAAAACCAAGAGUGAUUCUCAAAUCACUUGCUCAGAUAAUGUUCCUUCACCUAUAUAUAAAAGUGCCAAGGUCUUCCCUGAAGAAGCUACGUAUUCAUUUACCUUAAAACAACCCGGUUACCAUUGGCUUCGUCUCCAUUUCUACGCCAUGAAAGAUGAUAAAUAUGAUCUCCACCAAUCGACGUUCUCCGUGUCUGCGAACGAAAUUGUUCUUCUGCAUAACUUCAAGAUCAAUAAUAGUAGUGUACCAACCCUAAAGGAGUACUUGAUAAAUAUGAAAGAUCCUACGCUUAAUCUCAAGUUUAGUCCUAUGAAGGAUUCGUUUGCGUUUAUAAACGCUAUUGAGGUUGUUUCCGUACCGAAUAAUUUGGUAAAUGACGAAGGGUUGGCCCUUUUCCCGGUUAACAAGUUUUCCGGUUUAACUGAGCAAAAUUACCAAGUUGUGUAUAGGCUUAACAUGGGGGGACCUUUGAUUACCCCAAGGAAUGAUACACUAGGAAGGAUAUGGAUACCUGAUGAUAAUUACCUCGAACAGAAGAAUUUCGCCAAGGCUACCUCGAUUGCACCGGACGGGGUCCACUACUCCAAGACUAUAACGCGCUUGAUUGCACCGCCAAUGGUUUAUGCGACUGUUAUCGAGAUGGCCGAUGCUAACAUAAAGCUCCCAAACUUCAAUGUCUCAUGGAAGCUUGAUGUUGAUAAAUCAUUUGAUUAUUUGCUUAGGAUGCAUUUCUGUGACAUUAUUAGUAAGGCAACCGAUAGUCUCUAUUUCAAUGUUUACAUCAAUGAGAAAAUGGCCAUUUCUGCAUUGGACUUGUCAGCGGUUACCGCCGGGUUGGCCCGUCCGUACUAUAGAGAUAUUGUGGUGAACGCUCCGCUAAUCAACGAUGGACUACUCAUCCAAAUCGGUCCAUUGAAUCAAGGUACUGGGGCAGCUAAUGCGAUUCUUAAUGGCUUGGAGGUGAUGAAAAUGAGCAACUCGGUUGGUAGUUUAGACGGGGAGUUUGGUGCAGAAGAGGGAGGGUUGGGAAUGUCUCACCAGGGCACGGUGGCUACAAUCGGUUUCGUCAUGAUGUUUGGUGCCUUUGUCGGUCUUGGUGCAAUGGUUUAUAAAUGGAAGAAGAGACCCAAAGAUUGGCAAAAGAGGAAUAGUUUCUCUUCUUGGUUGCUCCCACUCCAUGCAGGCGAUAAUAGCUUCUUAAGCAAGAACAGUGCUUCUCAAAAGAGCAACUUCAACACAAGUGGCUUAGGCCGAUAUUUCUCGUUAGCAGAGCUACAAGAAGCAACCAAGAACUUCGAUUCGAGUGAAAUAAUCGGUGUCGGUGGAUUUGGCAAUGUCUAUUUAGGUACAAUCGAUGACGGGAUUAAAGUUGCUGUUAAGAGAGGAAACCCACAAUCAGAACAAGGUAUCACUGAGUUCCAAACAGAAAUCCAGAUGCUGUCAAAGUUAAGACACAGACACUUGGUGUCACUGAUCGGUUACUGUGAUGAAAACAGCGAAAUGAUCCUGGUUUACGAGUACAUGUCGAAUGGACCUUUCAGGGAUCACUUGUAUGGAAAAAACUUGCCACCAUUAUCAUGGAAGCAAAGGCUCGAGAUUUGCAUCGGAGCUGCUCGUGGACUUCACUAUCUUCAUACCGGUACCGCACAAGGGAUCAUUCAUCGUGAUGUUAAGACCACCAAUAUUUUGCUUGACGAUGCCUUUGUUGCCAAGGUUGCUGAUUUUGGUCUGUCAAAAGACACACCUAUGGGACAAAAUCAUGUUAGCACUGCAGUGAAAGGUAGCUUCGGGUACUUAGAUCCCGAGUACUUCAAAAGGCAGCAAUUGACUGAAAAAUCAGAUGUUUACUCAUUUGGGGUGGUUCUGCUUGAAUCCUUGUGUGCAAGGCCUGCAAUUAACCCACAACUGCCGAGAGAGCAGGUUAACUUAGCCGAAUGGGCAAUGCAAUGGAAGAGGAAGGACUUGCUUGAAAAGGUUAUUGAUCCUCAACUAGCCGGUUCCAUCAAUCCAGAAUCAAUGAAGAAGUUUGCUGAGGCUGCAGAGAAAUGCUUGUUAGAAUACGGCGUCGACAGACCUUCAAUGGGAGAUGUUUUGUGGAACUUGGAAUAUGCCUUGCAGUUGCAGGAAGCAUUCACAGCCAGAAAAUCAGAGGACGAGACCAACCCUCUGAACACCGCCACUACCCAAACUCCUAUCAUGGUGCCAUCCACCACCAGUCUUCCAACCGAUAACUACCGUUCGGUUGAGGGUCCAGUAGACGUUCCAGCGAUUAAUGAUCACUCAGGAACUGCAGUGUUUGCACAAUUUCAAAGCCUUGAUGGCAGGUGA